UUUAUCCACCGCAUCCUGGAGCUGAACGCCGAGAAGGUCGCUACGCGCAGUUUAUGCACCAUCGCCCAGGCUGAGUCGCUGUGCUACAAGCUGAUCGGAGGUCUGGCCGUGCGUCGUGCCUGCUACGGUGUGCUGCGCUUCAUCAUGGAGUCCUGCGCCAAGGGUUACGAGGUUGUCGUGUCCGGAAAGCUGCGCGGUCAGUGUUCCAAGUCGAUGAAGUCCGUCGACGGAAUGAUGAUCCAUUCCGACAAUCCGUGCAAAGAGUACUCCGCCACGGCCACGCCGCUGCGCCAGGGAGAGCUCGGAAUCCAGGUCAAGAUUAUGCUGCCGUGGGACCCGAACGGCUACAUCGGCCCCAAGGAGCCGCUGUCGGACAACGUGGAAAUGGUGGAGCCCAAGGACGAGAUCAUGUACAACACGCCCUGCAGCGAACCCAAGAACAAGCCGUCGGCGCUGAAGUUGGGAGCCGGUCGAACCGUCGAGGUAGUUGAAUGUCCAAGAUAAUAUUAGUGUGAUGAGUUGAUACGAGUCCAAGAUCCACAAUCUGUCCCUCUCAGCUAACGAUAAAUGACAAGCUUGAGCCGGAUGGUGGCCCGAUCAGAAAAAAAUACAAAUGUUUGCGUCAUAUAAAUAAAAUAAAUGAAAUUUUCAUCAACCAAGCACAUAACAAUGUGCAGAUCGCAAAAUUUAGUAGAAUGGAUUUUCCGAAAAAUUGUGCCGUUCUGGAGCUUUGGAAGAGUUGUUGGAAAUGGAAAGGAGCAACUUUUAGCUUGGUUGAAAAUGAGGGUGGUUACCGAUUAAAAAAAACAUAUAUAUAUACAGCAAUUUCAUUUGAAAAGAGCCUAAACCGAAAAAAAAGUUCUCCGAUCGGGCUCAAAAUUUUUCUGGGGGUUCCUUGGCCAAAAUAAUUAGACCCGUAUUUUUUUGUUUGCCCAUUAGGGUGACCUACGCCAUGUUAGGGUGGUCUGAAAAAUGGCCAUUUUCGUCAUUUUUUACAAAAACCUCUUUUUUCGAAAAAUCAUAUCUCCGCGCCAUUUCAUCCGAUUUUAGCUGUCUUAGACGCAAAAGACACAUGUAAACUCAAAAUAUGACCAAAAAAAGAUUUUGCGACACUUUGGGUCAAUUCUGAGGGCAGAUUCAGAUUCAGCGGGCAAAAUUACAUGGAAAAACAUAUAUUUGGACAAUUUUUGAAAUUCGUUAGGGUGGUCCCAUAAGGUUUUCCCUUGAAAAUUAGCCUUUUUCAAAUGAAGAUAUCUCGAGUUUAAAGAAAAACACCCCUGGGAUUUUUUCAGCGUUAAUAGUGCUGGAGCUCUUCUUUCAAAUGCAACCUAGUGCUUAAAAUUUGGCUUGCGCCUUUUCGAGAUAUUUAAGUUUUAAAUUUGCAUCUUUUUUACCUUAAAAUGGUUGUAACUUUUGACCCUUAAGUCCAAAUUGACCUGUCAAAAAAUAAAAUUGUUUGUUUUUUAGAGUUCUAAAAGUGCCCCCAACGUCACUUUUCUCUAAAACUUAACCCUGAAUUGCCACAUUAAAAAAACUGAUUUUUGAAGGUUUACUUAGAUGCUUUCUAUUAAUUUGGUCGUAGAAGGCGUAGAUUACGAGAUAAAAUUUCGGUGUCUUCGACAAAGUUGCUUGGUUUGGCAAGCUCAACAACUUUCUAGAAGACAAAAAAAUUCCCAAAAAUAUUCCUGAAAAGUUAGAUUUUCAAAAUCACCCUAAUAGUGAACCACCCUAAUUUUCAACAAAACCAAAAGUUGCCCCUUUCCAUUUGCAACAACUCUUCUGAAGACACCAAAGCUCCAAAACUUCACCAUUUUUCGGAAAAUCCGUUUUCCACUUAAUUUUGCGAUCUGGACCACUGUCCAAUGUCUGUCGGGUUGUGGCCAGUCCGUACAAAAUGUCAAUUUUCGUAAUUUUCAUAUGUGAUAUUGAAAAUCGUGAAUUUUGACACCAAUAUUGCCCAUAUUCAUACGGUGCCCCAAUGUCCGCUCAAUGGAACAUCUCCGGGGGAACCCGGACCAAUUCGGAUUGUGGCCAGUCCACUCACAAUUUCCAUUUUCUUAAUGUUCACACUUGAUUUUGAAAAUCGUGAAGUUUGACACCUAUAUUGCCCAUAUUCAUACGGUUCCGCCAAUUUUCGCUCAAUGGAACAUCCCCGCGGGAACCCGGACCAAUUCGGAUUGUGGCCAGUCCACUCACAAUUUCCCCCGGUGGGGUUGGCAGUGACUAUAUUACCAACCCGUUUUAUCAACGACCGGUGUGGGAAGGGUGACUAAACUAAAAUAGUACCUAGUGCUGUGGGUGAACAAAAUAGUCACUCAGUUAUGUGCGCACCGGUGGAGAUGCUCUUAAAAGACGAAAAAUUGCACCUUCCGACGAAAUAAUAAACAUUUUAAGAGUAAAAUAUGUUAGGAUCAAUUUUCAGCAGCAAUUCGUCUAAAACAGAUGUAAAAUUACACAUUCCUUUUUUAAACAUUCCAUUUUAAAGCUUCCAUUUUUACACAAUUUUUUGCUGUGUUUAAUUAAAACAGGUGAAAAGCUCUGAACGUUUGAUGGUUGAGCUUAAGGUGUAACGGGCCAUCAUCAAAUAUGGCGAAACCCCGUCCCGUUCUACGUUAAUGAUGAUUGUUUCCCGAUCCACCUUAUUGUGUGACAAAUAGAAAUUUUUCUGAAAAUCGUGUAUUCCUCGCACUUAUGAUUAGCUUAAAAAUAUAGAAAAAUAAUCACUACGUACAAAACUACCACGGGAAAACGGCUAAACAUAUGGUAGCCUCAAAAAGCUUUUAUUUUUGAAAAUUUAGCCUAUUUUUGCAAAGAAAAUUUUCACCAUACAAAAAUACGCGCACUUUAAAACACUCACCUUAAUAAAUCGAUAAUCACUGGACGUGCUGCACACAGGAGGACCAGCCAAUUACGGCCAAACACUUCAAAACGCGAUAUUUUAGCGAAAUUUAGAAUCGAAUUAUGCGAAAAUUGGAAUUUUUCGCGAGUUUUUUUUUUCUGUAUUCAGACACCCUUCAACACAACUAUAAGUCACACUGAUAUUGGUUGUCAUCAAGAAUGUUGUUGCCAGAGGUUUUAAAUCAAAUUUAAAUCAAAUUAAAUAAUAAGGUAUUCUUGUUCGAUUCUUUGCCUCGUACUGAUGUAAAAUAUUGAAACAAUUGAUUAAUCCACCGCAUCCUGGAGCUGAACGCCGUCGUGAAGAAGCGAUUCGUCGAGUUGAACGCCGAGAAGGUCGCUACGCGCAGUUUAUGCACCAUCGCCCAGGCUGAGUCGCUGUGCUACAAGCUGAUCGGAGGUCUG